AUUGAAACAUUAUUUUACACCCCAUUUUUAUGUUACCCUUAAACAAGUCAGUGUACAACAAUAAUUUAGUGACACAUUAUUGAAAUUCAGAUCUUCCGUAGAUGUGGCUUCCAGUUUCAACAAUAGCGGCUAUUUGCGUGCUCUUCGAUGCCUGUGAGACAUCAAAUUCAAACAACGACUUGGAAAUCGCGUUUAGAGAAAGGACUGAUUCUGAUUGGAAAAAUGCAUGGCAUAAAGAAAAAUAUUCUAGAUGUCGUGAAACAUUAAUAAGACACUUAUACUGGGCUUGUGAAAAGGAUAUAUAUCGACUGACUCGAAGAAGUGACCCCAGCUAUAAAUAUUACAAUGACAAUGAAUUGGAUUAUCCAUGGCUUGUUCCAAACAAGGCAAAACGACUGCUUCGCUUCAGGAGAAAUAUUAAUCGCAGAUCAGGAUCAUCUAUCACAAACGAAUGUUGUAAAUCAUCAGGAUGUACAUGGGAAGAAUAUGCCGAGUACUGUCCUACUAAUAAACGAUAUACCUCCUAUAUAUAA